AUGUCUGAUACAAUUAAUCAAGAAGUUCAAGAAAAUAAAUAAAUUGAUACUUUUGAGGAUUCGUAAGAAUUUAGUUAACAAUUACCUGAUAUUUCUAUAGCCAUGAUCUAAUUUCAAUAGUAGAAUGAUAUUUAAAUUAAUGAUAAAGAGAAUAAAUAAAUAAUAAAUUCUUAUCCCAAUUAAGAUUUAUAGGAGUGGAAUAAUUAAUUAUAACAACACAAUACAAAAUUAUAAGAGCAAAAUACAGAAUUACUUGAGCAAAAUAAAAAAUUUUAGGACCGGAAUAAAAAAUUAGAAGAGCAUAAUACAGAAUUAGAUUAGCACAAUACAGAAUUACAAGGGCACAAUACAAAAUUACAUGAACACAAUACAAAAUUACAUGAGAAUAAUACAAAAUUACAUGAGAAAAUCAAAAAUUUACAAGAAUAAAAUACAAAACUAUAAGAACGCAAUACGAAAUUAGAAGAACACAAUACAGAAUUGGAAGAGCAAAAUGCAAAAUUCUAAGAGCAAUAAACUAAAUUACAGGAGCACAAUACAGAAUUACAAGAGCAGAAUACAAAAUUACAAGAUCAUAAUACAAAAAUACAAGAGCGUAAUUAAAUGUUGCACUAAUAAUUAAGUUAAACUGAAAAUCAAUUCAACUUGAUGAAUCAACGUGUAGACGAAUUAAAUCAGUAAAAAAAUCAAAAUCAAACAACGGUUAAUGACCUUAAAAAGUUAGUUGAUUAAUAGAGAGAUUUUAUUAAUUAAAUUAAUAAUGAUUAGGCCUACUUGGAUUUGACUGAAUCAUUAGAAAUCACAUUGCAGAGAUUAAAAGAAAUGGAAAAGAAGAAUGAAAAGUUAAUGGAAGUGAAUCUUUAUUAUAAGACAAAAUAUGAAGAAAGCCUAACUUAUAUAAGAAGCAGCAAAGAAGAAACUUUGAAUCAAUAAGAUAGGAUAGAUCAAUUGAGUCAAAAUUAUUAAUAAUCAUCUGAAGACUCAUAAUCAAAAAUUAAAGACUUGGAAAAUGAAAUUAGAUUUUUGUAACAUUAAAUUACAAAUAAAUGA